GAUAUCCACUGAAUUACACUUCCGAGCUCCCCAGGUCCACACUGUCAUUCCACCACCCUCUCCAACCAAGAAAAUAAUUAGAGGCUACUCAUCAACAUGUACGGCAGCUUUGGCUGUACACCAGGCCGUCGUGAGCCCAUUUGCGGACUCUACUACAAUGUGCCACGCUUCGGGGGCACAGAAAAGGUCUAUUUUCCGCAAGUCGAGGUCAAGGUACAUGCCAGCAUCCUUGCGACCACGUCCCGCACAGUACUCGAACAGAGCUUUGUAAACCCUUCAACCACCAGAGGUAUCAGAGAAGUCCGCUACGCAUUCCCACUCUACGAUGGAGUGAGCGUGGUAGGGUUUUCAUGCCAGGUAGGCAGUCGUCUGGUUGUCGGUGAGGUCAAGGAGAAGGAGAAGGCAAAGCAAGUCUACAGAGACGCUGUUGCGCGAGGUGAGACAGCAGGCCUACUCGAGCAGCUACCUGAAGCAUCAGAUGUCUUUACCACGACUAUCGGCAACAUUCCGCCGGGUGCAAGGGUCGUCGUCAACAUCACUUAUCUUGGCGAGCUGAAGCACGACAUGGAAGUUGAUGGUGUCAGGUUCACUAUCCCUACCAGCAUCUGUCCGCGGUACGGAACUGUUCAAGGAGUCCACUUCGACUCGCUCCGCCAAAUGGACGGCACAAUCGCAAUCACUGUGGAUGCUGAGAUGGCGGAAGGCUCAUUCAUCCAGAAAUUGCAGUCGCCAACACACCCCAUUUCCAUGUCCAUGGGCACGACAUCAGUUGACCCUGAUGCUACUCCGUCGAUGAGCAAGGCGUCAGCCACGUUGAGCCUCGGCGUAGCGCAUCUCGAAACUGACUUUGUCCUGCAAGUCAUCGCGAAAGACACUGGCAUCCCGAAAGCUAUCCUCGAGACUCACCCCACGAUUUCGAACCAUCGAGCACUGAUGGCGACGCUUGUUCCCAAGUUCGCCCUCCCUCCGGAGAAGCCAGAGGUUGUGUUUGUUUGCGAUCAGAGUGGUAGUAUGGGGGGUUCUAGUAUGAAUCUUGCCAUUGAGGCGCUUAAGGUCUUCUUGAAGUCUCUUCCGGUCGGUGUUAAAUUCAACAUAUGCUCCUUUGGCAGCCGGCACUCUUUCUUGUUCCCAAGGAGCGCCUCAUACGGCCAAGAUACACUUGCCAACGCCACUCGUCAUGCUGAGAGGCUUCAAGCCAACUAUGGUGGCACGGAGAUGCUCGCGCCUCUACAAGCGACCAUAGAAAACCGAUACAAAGACAUGCCACUCGACAUCAUCUUGCUGACUGAUGGCGAGAUCUGGAACCAACAAGAUGUGUUUGACUAUCUAAAUGAGCAAAUUCAAGAGAACAAGUCUCCGAUCCGAGUCUUCACUUUGGGGAUUGGAAGUGGAGUGUCCCACUCACUCAUCGAGGGAAUUGCGAAAGCAGGCAACGGCUUCGCACAGUCCGUACAACAAGGAGAGAAGAUGAGCAGCAAGGUUGUGCGAAUGCUCAAGGGCGCUCUGUCUCCGCACGUCAACGACUACACGCUAGAGGUCAAGUACCUGGCCGCCGAAGAGAGUGACGACUUCGACAUCGUUGAGAAGGUGGCAGACAGCUUGAAAGUCAAGCUCGACCUGAAGGACGAGGAAGGCCUCACGAAAAUCAAGAAACCGAAGAAGCCGAUCUCACUAUUCGAUACCUCUGCAGACCCUGACCAAACCAUCCUAUCCACAGCAACCUCAACCGGAGAAGACCGCUACGCCCAUCUCCCCCCUAUCCCAGCCCCCAAAAUCCUUCAAGCACCACAAUCCAUCCCGCCCCUCUUCGCAUUCAACCGCACAACCAUCUACCUCCUCCUCAGCCCCGGUGCGCCCCAUGCAACACCAACGUCCGUCAUACUCCGCGGUACAAGUACCCACGGCCCUCUUGAACUCGAGAUCCCCAUCCAAGCCCUCUCCACACCAGGCGAGACAAUCCACCAACUUGCCGCCAAGAAAGCUGUAUCCGAGCUCGAGCAGGGCCGAGGCUGGCUCGCUUCCGCACUCGAUACAGGUGGGCAACUGCUCAAGACGCGCUUCGAUGGACGCUUCAGCGAUAUGGUUGAGCGCGAGGCCGUGCGUUUGGGUGUGCAAUUCCAGGUUGGCGGGAAGUGGUGUUCGUUUGUCGCUACUGAACAAACAUCAGCGCAGGAAUCCGAUGGUUACGCGAUGGACGAGCACUGGGACUACCUGGAAGACGAGCAGCCUGCAGCGCCCGAUCUCGCGUCCCCGGGGAUGAGCGCGAAUCGAGUGAGGAGAGCGCAGCGGGAACAGAUGCAACAGCAACAGCAUUUUGCUCAGGCGCAGCAGCAACAGCAGUUUGCUCAGGCGCAACAGCAACAGCAAUUUGCUCAGGCGCAACAACGAGCUAGCCAAGCGACUGGCCUGUUCGGCUCGGCGCCAUCGAUUACGCAGACGCCGCUUCUUUUUCGUGGAAGUCGGGGCGGUGGAACAGGCGGGAUGACUAGGACGGGCGGGAGAGGAGGAGCUCGAACAGUUCACCAAUAUCCGAACACGAUGAUGCAGCAGCAGUCCAUGCCACCUAAAAACCCUUCGGCUUCGCUUUUCAGAGCCUCUCACUCGCCUGCUCCAUCUAGUGGCGGUCUUUUCGGUGCAGGUACUGAAAGAGGCGGCCGCACACUACCUCCCGGCACAACUUCGCACAAACGUUUCCAAACUUCAUCCGGGAGUCCUAUGUCUCAGGUGCGGAUAUCAAAAUCAGCCCAAAUAGCACCUCCCUCUUCAUCCUCGCUCUUCAGCGCCCCCUCUGCCUACGGCGCACCUUCACUCCCCGCCGCACCCGCCGUAUCUAACGCACUGCGCGACUGCCACAUGGGCAACAUGAUCCUGGGGCAGUACCAACCCCCCUCCGCAUUUGUCUCUCCUCCGUUUGCAGGAUCUCAACCACCACUGCCGGAAAACGUCGACUUCCACAUCGGCAUGGAUCUCUCCAACGGCGACGCAGCGCUCGAGAAUUUCGAUUUUGACGCCUUCCUACACACCGGGGAUGGCAGUGAUUUCGGCAGCUUCGCCGGCUUUGAUGACACUGGCAAGAAGUCUGGAUCCAAGAAGCGUCGCAGCAUCAAGCGCAGCGAGAUUGAGAAGCGAUCCUACUCCCAGACCUCGCCCUCAUACUCUCCCGCCUCUCCGUCAUACCCCCCAAUAUCCCCCUUAUACUCCCCCCAAUCCCCCAGCUUCCUUGAUAUCUCACCAUCUCAACCCUUCCCACCCUCCACAACCACCACCUUCACAUCCACCGAAACCCUCCACGCACUAAUCGCCCACCAAUCUUUCUCGGGUUGUUUCCCGUACCACCCACGCGUCCUCGGAUGGCUCGCCAUCUCCGUUGCAGACUUCCAACGCGUCGUGCGGGAUACUUGCCUUGUCAAUGAUACGUCGUUGCCGAGUGACCUACGGGAGGAGAAAAGAGGGCAUUUGCUCACCACUGCGCUGGUGAUCAUUUACAUGCAGAAGAAGUUGUCGGAGUUCAAGGACGAGUGGGAACUGGUUGUUGAAAAGGCUAGGGACUGGUUGGAGGAGGGGCGGAAGGAGUGUGAUGGGGGUGCGGAUGUGUUUCUUGAGGCGGCGGAGAAACUGAUUCAGGGUGGUGGGUGAAAGAGGAAGUGGAGGGAGUGAUGGUAGGUGUGAGACGGGGUACG